AUGUCGGAAGAAGUAGCCGGGAGUGCCAAUCCGGCUGAGAGAUCCGCUAAAGUCCUUGCGUAUGAGACAACCGAUAGUGUCGAACGAUUGAUGCACCUGCAGCAGCCAAGACCCCUCAAUGGGUUGAGAACAGUGGAGUUCCUGUUCGGACCGGGAAUGAGGUCAGUGGGAUGCGGAGGAAAGGAACAAGGAGCGAUAAGCCUUCCGAUAUUGGAGAGAAGGAAUUGA